AUGACUGAACAAAAAUCUGAACCGGUGUUAAAAGUGCUAAUUGUUGGUGAUUUAGGAACAGGAAAAACAUCAAUUGUUAAACGUUAUGUUGAAAAUUAUUUUUCAGAAUAUUAUAAAGCAACGAUAGGAUGUGAUUUCGCAUUAAAAGUUCUCAAAUGGACCGACGACCAAGUUAUUAGACUUCAAUUAUGGGAUAUAUCAGGUCAUGAACGUCUAGGUAGUUUAACACGAAUUUAUUACAAGGAUGCUGUGGGUUGUUUACUUGUAUUUGAUAUGCAUAAACCAACCACAUUUGAUGGCGUUUUAAAAUGGAAAAAUGAUUUAGAUAAUAAAGUACAAUUAUCAGAUGGAACUCUAUUACCGUGUGUCCUGCUUGCUAAUAAAUGUGACUUACCUAAACAAGAUAUUGUGACUGACAUAGAACAAAUGGAUGAUUUUUGUCGUGUAAAUGGUAUUUGUAAAUGGUUUGAAACAUCGGCAAAGAAAAAUUUGAAUAUUGAAACUUCGAUUAGAUACCUUAUUGGACAGAUAAUGAAGAAUGAAAAUCAAAUAGAAAACAAACCAAACAGAUCUGAUACAUUAAAUAUUCGUUAUGAUGAAAAAUUAACAAAAUCGAAAAAUAAAAUAGGCUGUUGUACACCAGCAACAAGAUAA